UUAGAAAUCACUCUUGCACUCUGGUUGGACCACCUGAGAGGAGCCAUACAGUGCUGUCUGUGGCUGACAAGUCAACACAAUAUCCAGAAUGGCUGGCAGGAGACGAGGCCGAGGAAGCAAUGUUCACCAGCAACAAGCUCCACAGAACAGAAGGGGAGGCCCUCGCAGGACUCUACGGGAGCCGGCAGCUUUUGCCAAACCUACAGGUUUUGAAUCAGAGAUUCCCCAUGAAAAGUUGACCAUUGCACAGGCACGGAGGGGCACACCAGCUCAUCGUCCGGUGCGAGUCUAUGCUGAUGGCAUCUUUGAUCUUUUCCAUUCGGGUCAUGCUCGGGCUCUAAUGCAGGCCAAAAAUGUGUUCCCCAAUACUCACCUGAUUGUGGGAGUGUGCAGUGAUGAACUCACCCACAAAUACAAGGGCUAUACGGUGAUGACGGAAGAUGAACGCUACGAUGCCCUCAGGCACUGCCGUUACGUUGAUGAGGUGGUGCGAGAUGCUCCCUGGACCCUUACCCCAGAGUUCCUCAAGAAACAUAAGAUUGACUUUGUGGCCCAUGAUGAUAUUCCUUACACUUCUGCUGGAUCGGAGGAUGUUUAUAAGCACAUUAAGGAAGCAGGAAUGUUUGUGGCCACUCAGAGGACAGAGGGCAUCUCCACAUCUGAUCUCAUCACUCGCAUCGUCCGAGAUUAUGACAUCUAUGUUCGGCGCAACCUGCAAAGAGGCUACACAGCCCGUGAACUAAAUGUUGGGUUCAUAAAUGAGAAUAAGUACCGGCUCCAGAACCAGGUGGACAAAAUGAAAGAGACGGUCCGUACGGUGGAGGAAAAGUCUAAACACUUUGUUUACAGAGUGGAGGAGAAGAGUCAGGACUUCAUCCACAAAUGGGAAGAGAAGUCUCGAGAAUUAAUUUGCAACUUCCUUCAGCUUUUUGGACCAGAUGGAGCCUGGCAUGCAAUUCAGGAGCGAAGUGGUCGUAUGCUCCAGGCCCUGUCACCCUACUCCUCACCCCGUGGCUCACCCAGCAGCAGUCCCACCAGAAGACGUUCAGUUUCUCCCGAGUCCAUGUCCUCCUCUGCAUCUACCUCACCGCCUUCCUCCCCAGCCUCUCCGCCCUCACACAAAAAGGGGGCCCGCUCCUCUCUCAAAGCUGCCUCUUCAUACAGCAAACAUGCACAAUGAGCUGCUCAUGUUUUAAUUGUGUUUAUUGGUUUAAGACAAUCUAGUACAUAACACAGGUAUAACCUUAGUUAGAAUUAAUUUGUUGUUAUUUAAUUAUAUUUAAUUAUUGUGUGUAUUUGGGUGAAAGUGAUAUGUCAUAAUAUUUAUAAUGGGUCUUAACAAAAAAAAAAAAAAAAAAAAAGGAAAAUAACAUGGAUGCAAUUUAAAUGAACUAAAUAACAUGUGAGGCAAAGUCAGGGAGAACCACAGCAGGGCAUAGAUCUUUUGUUUGAGUAGAGAGUGGUUUGGCUGCUUUAAUGUUUUAGACUAAAAUAAGUUAUUUUCAAUAUAUAUUAGCUGUUUCCCAACUAGCACAGGAGAGGACAAGCAAACCUAUAUUAAAAAACAUUUAGUGAAAAAAAAAAGAAGAAGAAAAAAAGACCCCAUAUGUUUUACUCAGCAGUGGGAACUAAAUUGUAAUACUGUGCUUAUAUUCAUCCUGUGCAUGAAUGCUAAUGUGUACUUUUGUGAACUUAUUUAGUGCAGUUUUAAACUAAACUCUAUUUAUUUCCUAUAAUCUAAAUCAUUAUCUAAAAAGUAACUCUCACUCUGUAUUGACUCUGUGACUCAUCAGAGAAUGGACAUGGGGCUUCUGAGGGUGUCUGGAAACAGAAUGUUGUGGGUGGGGGGCUUUGGGUUCAGACCAGGUGCCUCUGUGGGUCAGGCUGUUUUCCUGAACUGUUUUUGUG